AUGGAGGACAUUCCUCCUUUGCGAAUCUACCAGACCAUCGUAUGUAUCCUGGGCAUCAUCGGCAAUGCUCUGGUUUGUGUUGUCAUUUGGAAAAUAUCAGCCAUGCAAACUCGCAUAAACGCAUUCAUCUUCCACCAGGCAGUGAUCGAUUUCUUGGGUUCUAUGAUGACUCUCUUGAAGAGUGAAGUCAAGGUGCCUGACCCCAUCCCAAGCAACGCUCUUGGAUGGUUCAUCUGUCACGUCUGGUCUGGUUUCCUUAUUUUCUCCCUGUACGUUAUGUCUACUUUCAACUUAUUAGUGUUGACUAUGGAGCGGUAUUUUGCCAAUGUUCACCCCUUGAAGCACCAGGCAGCACUCACCACAUGGCCUCGUCUCAAAGUCGGUAUAGCCUUGACGGUGUGUUGGGCUCUCGCAUUUGGCUUGAACAUCUACACUCUCGUCCUCUUUCGAGAAGAAAACGGCAAGUGUGUGCCGAAUCAAAUACCUGGAUCCAAGGUCAUGGGAAUCCUAGUUGCACUCAUACAAUAUUUCUUACCUGUUGGAGUGAUGCUCUUCGCUUACAUUCGCAUCGGUGUUGAGAUGAAGCGGGGAGCGGCACGUGUCGCCCCGGCACCAGCCCAGCAUCUUCCCGGUGGAGCAAUCGCACCGGACAUGGCUGCGUCCCUCCUCCGGGCAAGACGCAACACCUUCAAGAUGCUCCUGCUCGUCUUCAUCACGUUCGUGAUCUGCUGGACACCAAACCAGGUCAUCUUUCUCAUGUUCAACCUGGGUUUUCGACUGACACUGACGGAAUGGUUUUACUAUCUCUCUGUUGCCAUGGUAGCUACUAACUCUUGUGUCAACCCUUUCAUUUACGCAUUGAAAUACCGUCAGUUUCGCAAAGGCAUACGUCGUAUCUUAAAACGUGUUCGGAAACGAGACGAGAACGUCGGUACUGACGAAUCACAGUCCAAUAAUGUAUCAAACCAAAUUACCACUUGA